AUGUCUACGGCCAUUAAACGAUGGGGUGCACAAUCCGUCAGCCCCGCUUUGUGCUCGUACUGCUGGGACCAGCAAGACGAUGAACCCAGCUCCUCCCUGGAUCCAUAUAAUUCAUCCAUCAAUUACCGUUCGAGAAGUGUGGCCAGUGAAGCGAGGUACUCAAGGUCGACACUUGGAGAAUCUCGGAGGAGGCUCAGAUCACUCGAAGAAGCCGUGGAAAUGUGCCGUAGCAGAUCAACAGAUAGCACCGGAAGCAGCAAUACUUCGGCAAACCAUUCAAUUCAUGACCUACAUCGGGAUGACUGCACCUGCAGCCUAUGCCAGAAGCGCGAGGCCGAAGACGAAGCAGACCGCAAAUACUCGAAGGGCAAAGUCUUUUCCUGGAUCACGACUUCGGAUUAUCCAAGCACGACGUUUGGUACUCAUCUCGAAUGUGCGAACGUUGCCUACUUGAAGGAGAAGGGAGAGGAUGAUGGAGAAUGGACACUCGUUGAGCGAUGUACGCAGAGCGAGCUUCAUUCUUGCAAAUACGAGAACAAAAUCAUGAUCUCAAACCAACCGUUCAACGAGAAGUCAAAUAUGUCUUUUACACUGGAUAGUCACCUGGAGAGUCCUACAGCCAGCCGUGCAGAAUCCCUAGUCUCGGUUAAAUCUGUGGACACCGAAAAGUGGCAUCACUCUCGCAACAAAAUGGACAAAAUAUCCAGACUGUAUGACGAGCAUAAGGAACGAAAGAGCAAACGUGCCUUAGCAAACAGUCCUGCUUCCAGCCAGCACAGCGACGAGGGUUCAACAUCAAGUUACAACAAAACCAGCACUCGGAGCAGGGGUCGACGUCAGCGCAAAGACAAAGGCAAGGCCAGAAGCAAGGGCAAGGGUAAAGUUUCAGAGAUCAAGGAGCAAACAGACAAGAUCGAGACCGAGACCGAGAUCGAGACAGAUAGGAAGUCUUUUACACGCUCUUCAUUUCCUCUUCUUGUCGAACCCGACCAAGAUAUCCGACAGUGUUCAUCUCAGGAGUAA